AAUCAGCCAAAACUGAAAACACCUGUGGAGGUGUGCAAGGGCCAUCAGCACAUGUCCACAUCAACAACCACUCUGUGACUCAGAUUUUGUUGAACAUUUUUUUUUUUUACUAAAGAUAUGGCCAGCAUAGAUGUGUUGAUGACAAGGUUUUACUCUUAUGGCAAAAUGUACAGCCAGGAUUUACGUGAACAAAGCUUUGUAGACUGGCCAUUCAGAGAGGAAUGUAACUGCACACCUGAAAAGAUGGCCAAGGCUGGGUUUGUCCACUGCCCCAGUCAGAAUGAGCCUGAUGUUGCCUGCUGUUUCUUCUGUCUGAUUGAGCUUGAGGGUUGGGAGCCAGAUGAUGAUCCCUGGUCUGAACAUAUAAAACGCUCCCCAAACUGUGGAUUCUUAACCAUGAAGAAAGACUUCACUGAACUAACUGUGGCUGAAUUCUGUCUUAUGGAAAAGGAGAGGCUAAAGGUGUACCAUAGGAAGGUUUGUCAUAAGAAGAUGGCAUAUUUGAAGGAUGAAAUAGACCAUAAGCUUGAGAGCCUUAAAUCUCAGUUGGAGACACUUUGAGCGCAAUCAAAACUUCUGAUUUUCAUUGCCACAAGAAUCAAAGUGUGUGGCAACUGCCUAAAGUCCAUAUGGCAAUUUCAAUAGUUUGAUGAUUAAUACAAUGAGUUUAAAUAUCAAUAAAGUUUUAAGGACUAUUACACUUA